AUAAAUUCAGAUCUGAGAAACGUUCCCAUUUAGGAGGCUACCGCUCCACAAGUGGGAUGAAACUGGAACUGUCUCGAGUGGUACAAGGAUGUCGCCUGGGACUUUUGACUGGACUGGGAAAUUCAGGACAGCAUUCCCUGGAGGUGCCCGGAUGUCUCCUGUACACUCGCUGUGCAACAGUUCCUCAUCUGACCCAGGACACAUUACAUACUUUGAGAGACCUCCCAUCAGUCACUCAGGUGUCAGUGGAUAGCCUUGCAGAGCAUCUUGAGGUUCUGGAGGAAUUCAAAGAGGGUGUCCGAAAGUUUGCAGGUCUUCAUGAUACUGUGCUUUUCUGCUCUCUGCAUGAUUCUGCGAACUCCAGCCCGGCCGGUCACGUCACCAACAAGACAGUGUCGGUGUGGGGCAGCGGGGGAAGGAUAGAGCUGACAGUGGCUCGGUUCAUGGCGAUUCAGGCAGCUAUCCAGCCGGACUGCUAUCAGAGCAUGGCAGACGGAGAGACCUGGCAGGCCGGUACCUCUCGCAAGAGAGUCCGUAAGGCAGUGGACAGGACUCUGGCCCAUCUGGAUGAAUGUCUGGUUUUGCACCAGAAAACUCAGGAAUUAAAAUGGGCUGAGAUAUUUGGAGUUGUGGAGGGUGGAGACAUUUUGGAGGAGAGGCUCCGGUCGGCACGAGAGACUGCCAAGCGUCCUGUGGGUGGAUUUGUCCUGGAUGGAUUUCAUUCUGCUGCCAUGGACCAGGAUGUGAGGGUUCAGUUGAUUAAAGCGGCAUCUGCAGAGCUUCCCCAAGAAAAACCCAGGUUGGUGCUGGGGGUUGGCCGUCCUGAUGAGGUCAUCAGUUGUGUUGAAGCAGGAGUGGACCUGUUCGAGAGCUUCUUCCCCUUCCAGGUGACGGAGCGAGGCUGUGCGCUCUCCUUUAACUUCAUCAUUGACCCUGACCCUGAGACGGCAGGUUCAUCAACCCCUACAGUGUUGGAAUUCAAUGGGGAGAUGCCUGCUGUCAAGAAGCUAAACUCAAAUGGAGAUGAAAAUAUGACACUUUAUGAAAUUAACCUCAAAGAUAAAAGGUAUCAAGAUGAUUUCCGCCCACUUGUGGAAGGCUGCAGCUGCUACUGCUGUAAAAAGCAUAUGAGAGCGUAUGUUCAUCAUUUACUGGUGACCAACGAGCUGCUCGGCGGUGUUUUACUCAUGCUACACAACAUGGCGCAUUACCUUGGCUUCUUCAAAGCGCUCCGGGAGGCAGUAACCAGCGACCGUCUGCAGGACUUUAAAAAUAGAGUCCUCCAUUGCAGAGAAGGUGAUUGAAAUGAUUGAAGGACUUCAGCAAUAAAGAACGAACAAAAGAACACCUACAUCAGAGCAUACUUACGGCUUUGAUUUCAGAGUACGUGUUUCAUGAAUAUAAAGCAGGAUUCUAAUGCAUGUGUUCUUGCCAUGCGAAAUAUCAGACAAAAAGUGCUAAUGUGAGUGACACAGCAAACCUUUUAAGAUACCCAUGGCUCAUCUCAGAGUUCGCUUAUGGAUUUUAAAUUUACUGUCUGCUCCUUCAAAGAACAGUUUCACUUAGAUGGAGCAUUAAUAAUGGUGAAAUUACUUUUUUAAAGAGCAGCACUUGCUCAGAUUCUCUCUAUAAAGCCCUGAAAGGUUA